AUGUCGCAACAACCGCUGUCAUCGUCGGUCCAGCCGACCGACAUUUACGGAGGAGAUGAGGUCUCCGCUCUGGUCCUCGACCCAGGCUACUGCACCACCCGUGCUGGCUUUGCAGGCGAAGACGUUCCCAAGUCCGUUUUCCCGUCCUUCUACGGCCGCGUCGGCUCUUCCGAUGCCCCGACCACUGUCUUCGGCGACGAGUGCCUGAUUCCUCGCGCCGACCUCGAGGUGCGCAAUUACAUGUCGCGCGAUAGCGUCGUCGAAGACUGGGAUGUCGCCAACAAGCUCUGGGAGCACAUGCUCAUCACGCGCCUCCAACCCGCGCGCCCUACCCCCCCGUCCAAGAACGGUCUCAAUGACGACCCCAAGGAGGAAGUCGAAGGCGCGGCCAACGGCGACAUCGACGUCGCUAUGGAGGAUGUAGAGGCACAGGAGAAGGCCCUGCAAGAGAACCCGCUUCUGAUGACUGAGGCGCCGUGGAACAAUGCCAAGUCCAGAGAGAAGGCUAUUGAGAUCAUCAUGGAGAACUGGGGCUGCCCUGCUUUCUGGCUUAGCCGAACGCCUGUACUGGCUGCUUUCGCCGCCGGUAAGGCUAGCGCUCUCGUCAUCGACGUCGGCGGCUCCAACACAUCUGUGACAGCGAUUCACGACGGCAUGGUCCUUAAGCGAUCCAUUCAGAAGUCUCCUGUCGGUGGUCUGUGGCUGUCGUCCCAGAUCCGUAGUCUCUGGGAGACCUCGGAGCCCAAGAUCGAGCCCAUCCCUACGUUCAUGGUCGAGAACAAGACCCCUGUCGACGCUGGUGCUCCUCCCCAAUUCAAGCAGCGCCAAUUCGGCUUCUCCAUCACUGAUUCGUUCCGCGCCUACGAGGACGAGCGUCUCAUCACGGAGUUCAAGGAAUCAGUGGUUGAGACCUGGCGCGGGCCCGGCAAGUACACCAUGCCUCAGAACGAGGACUUCGCCAAGACCCAACCCGGUCGCGUCUUCGAGUUCCCCAACGGCGCCAACCAGAUGUGGCGCGAGCAGCGAUACAAGGUUUCGGAAGGCAUGUGGGACGAGACAGCGGCGUUCCCUACCAAUGAGGAAUUCCGCAUCAACAAGUCCCAGACAAUCCCCGAGUUGAUUCGCGCCGCUCUGAACGCCGUCGAUGUCGACUUGCGACCCAACCUUCUCGGUAACAUUGUCGUUACCGGCAGCACCAGCUUGCUCAACGGCUUCAACGACCGCCUGAACAACGAGCUCACGGCCAUGUACCCUGGCCUUAAGAUCAAGAUUCACGCCGCCGGCCUCUCUAGCGAGCGUCGCUUCGGUGCCUGGAUCGGCGGCAGUAUCCUGGCCAGCUUGGGUACCUUCCACCAGAUGUGGAUCUCGCGCAAGGAGUACGAGGAGAACGGUGUCAGCAUCGUCGAGAAGCGCUGCAAGUAA